GCCCAGGCAGCGCGAUCUGCUCAAUGAUUAAAUAGAUUGCACUCGGUAGCCAAGACUGAAGGCUGUAAAGUUACCGUUCCGCCAAAUGGUAUUAUACAGCGUGCGUGCGUGAGUUUAUGUACAUAUAAGGAUAUGAUGCUUACAACUCUAAAAAAGACCUUAAAUAAUCGUUAAACAAGUGGAUAUGCCAAAAGAGAAGCAAUAAAAAAGCAAAACGUAUGAGCGGAAAGUGCUUAUAAACUCAAACUUACUUACCUGCCACUCAGCCACGGCAAGGGCCAAAAAAAAAAGAUCCAACAGCAAACUGUGUCCAACAACAAUCACUAGAGUGGGAAACAAAAAUCAGUUGGCGGUAACGGAAGCCGUUAUUUUGGAAAUUCCACCGGGAAUGAGGAUCCAAACGAGGUUUACUUGGAUUCGGAAAUGGAAAAAGUUUUCGCCGGUCCAAGUGCGCACAAGGAAAAGUUCGAUGUAACAACAUUUCAGGACGCGAAUCAGCCAAUUGGUUCGUAUAAGCAGAGUAAUGUGCAUCGCAAAAGUGAAUUAAAUAUUGAAGAAGAUUCGGAAUAUGAAAGCACAACAGAUCCCGUUAAUACACAAAAUUAUGAUGACCUACCCGAAGAUUAUCCAUUAGUAUCCGAGCGCGCUGGACACGGCGAUCAUUCGGACAAUUCUGCCGAUGAAAAGCAAGUGCAUUUUGGUAAGAAAAAAGCUGUAGUAUCCCCACCUACUUUAGUGUACGAUGAACAACCCGCUGACAAUAUACACGAACGUAAAAGACGAAGAAGCCGACAUCAGUAUUACAGACAACGUAAAUUUUCCCAUCAAGACAGCGUGGAAAACAAAAAAGUGGUCGAGGAGAAUGGCGAGGCUGGUGUCCGCAAGGUAUCCGUGCAACCGGAGGAUACCACAUUAGAGGAGGCUGAUCUCAAUGAGUUGAGAUCUCAUCGUUCCGAUGAUCCACGUGCGCUACGGCGUCACAAAAUCCAUCAUUCCUCAGUCAAAUUACGCGAGCUACCGCAAAUCAGCGUUGCGGGCUUGCAAUUGAAGAAGGUCUACGAUCAUAGUCCACAUGAGAUUUUUGUGCAACUCGACGAACUCACCGGCCUUGGUGAGGACCGAGAGUGGAAGGAAACCGCGCGUUGGAUCAAAUAUGAGGAGGAUGUAGAGGAGGGAUCUGAUCGGUGGGGCAAACCACAUGUUGCUUCACUCUCCUUCCACUCACUGCUCAAUUUGCGUCGCUGUCUCGAGACGGGCGUUGUGCUGCUUGAUUUGAAUGAAAAGGAUCUGCCUGCUGUGGCCUACCGCGUUGUGGAGCAGAUGGUCGUAGAAGAUCUAAUUAAUGCAGAAGACAAGCCAGCCCUCAUGCGUUCGUUGUUGUUGCGUCAUCGCCAUGUGAACGAACAUCAAAGCGGCUUUCCGUUUACGAAACGGAAAUAUAGCAGCUACACGAGUUUGCAGUUGCUUUGGAUGGGUGGCGAAAUUCAACAGCAACUACAUCAGCAACAACAAUUAGCAAUACAACAACAUCUACUCAAUGUCGAAAAUGCGAAAAAACGACGUUCCGUAUGUGAGACCCUCAGUGCACCGCCCACAUCCAUUUCACUCUGCAUCGAUGGGAACAGCGAUGCGAAUAAUCGUCGGCACUCGACUAUGUCGUAUUUGGGAAACCUCGCUGGAGAUGAUAAGCGGCCAAGGAUCAUGCCCGCCGCCGAAAUUGGUGGCAGCAAACGUAGCAAUGACUUGAAGAUCGACAUGAGAGACGACCUGUACUCCUCGUCGCAGGAGAAUUUGCAGAAGCUUCAAAAUGACACCAUCCUCAAGCGUAUACCUGUGGGCGCUGAAGCGACGACUGUGUUGGUGGGCGCUGUGGACUUCUUGCAACAACCAACCAUUGCAUUCGUGCGUCUCGCCGAAGGUGUGCUGAUGCCCACCUUGACCGAGGUAGCCGUGCCGGUGCGUUUCAUGUUUAUACUCAUGGGUCCACCAACACUCGAUUUGGACUAUCAUGAAGUGGGUCGCUCCAUUGCCACGCUAAUGGCGAACGAACCCUUCCAUGCAAUUGCAUAUAAAGCAGACGAUCGCAAAGAUUUGCUGUCGGCCAUAAACGAGUUCUUGGAUGAUUCUAUUGUGCUGCCACCAGGUAAUUGGGAACGUCAAGAUCUCUUGCCAUUUGAGGAGUUGAAAGCGAAGAAGGACUGGAUUCGUUCACGCAAGCGUAAAGCGCUGGAGGUACAGAACGAGUUGAAGGAGAAGAUCAAAGAAGAGGCUAAGAUUAUUAUUGAGAAGAAACCUGAAUUGGAGAGUGGUGAUGGAAAGAAGAAAAUCAAUCCGCUUGAAAAGACGCACAAGUGGUGGGGUGGUCUGCGCAAUGAUCUUAAGCGCCGUUUGCCCAUGUACAGAAGCGACAUCACCGACGGCCUGAACUCGCAAACGCUUGCCGCCACAAUCUUCAUGUACUUUGCUUGCCUCUCAACAGCCAUUACUUUUGGCGGUCUUGCCUCUGAGAAGACGGGCAACUUGAUUGGUAUUUCGGAGACUUUGUUGAGCACGGCGCUCUGCGGCAUCAUUUUCCACACCAUUUCCGGCCAACCACUCGGCAUUAUUGGCACUACCGGUCCGCUGCUGCUCUUUGAUGAAGCGUUGAUUAACUUUUGCCGUGAAAACAAUUUGCCCUUCCUCACCAUACGCGCUUACAUCGGUGUCUGGUUAGCUGUCAUCGCCACCACUUUAUCUGCGUUCGAGUGCAGCGUUUACGUGCGUUUAUUCACACGCUUCACACAAGAAAUCUUCUCCGCUUUGAUCACAUUGAUCUAUAUCUAUGAGACGUUAAUGAAGUUAGUCUCCGUAUAUAAGAAGAAUCCAUUGUUGGCCAAUUAUAAUUUCCCACCCACAACACUGGCGCCACAAUUGCAGAGCUUUGAAAACACCACAAUGGAUAGUUUGGGCAAUGUGACAGCAGAAGUUUCGGUAACGAACGCAACCUCCUCCCCCAUCAGCUUGGUCUCGAACAUCGUCUCACAUACAAAUAUGCCGAACACGGCGCUCUUCUGCACGAUACUCACCUUGGGCACCUUCACGAUCGCCUACUAUCUGAAACUCUUCCGUAACUCCCAUUUUCUGGGACGAAAUGCUCGCCGUGCGCUGGGUGACUUUGGUGUACCGAUCGCAAUUGCGAUCUUCGUCUUGAUUGACUAUCUCAUACCAGAAGUGUACACGGACAAGCUCAGCGUGCCGGAGGGUAUUUCACCCAGUGAUCCGGAAGUGCGCGGUUGGUUGGUGCCCCUCGGUGGUAUGCCGGUAUGGGCGCCUUUUGCUUGUGGCAUACCCGCCAUUUUGGUAUACAUUCUCAUUUUCAUGGAAUCGCACAUUUCGGAAUUGAUUGUUGAUAAACCAGAACGUGGUCUGAAGAAAGGCUCCGGUCUGCAUUUGGAUAUUGUGAUAUUAGGUUUUUUGAACACAUGCUGCGGUCUCUUCGGCACGCCGUGGCAUUGUGCGGCGACAGUGCGCUCAGUGACGCACGUUUCGGCGCUGACAGUAAUGUCGAGAACUCACGCUCCCGGUGAAACGCCACGCAUUAUCGAUGUCAAAGAACAGCGCGUAUCUGGUUUCUUUGUUGCGCUGUUAAUUGGUCUGUCGGUGACUAUGGCACCGCUGUUGCGUCUGGUGCCUAUGGCGGUACUCUUCGGUGUGUUCUUGUACAUGGGUAUCGCCUCGAUGAGCGGAGUGCAGUUCUUCGACAGGAUGGGCCUGUACUUUAUGCCUGUGAAACAUUAUCCCAACACACCUUUUGUCAAGCGCGUACCCACUUGGAAGAUGCACAUGUUUACCACUAUACAGUUGCUUUGUCUCACACUGCUUUGGGCUGUGAAAUCGUCCAAAAUAUCAUUGGCUUUCCCCUUCUUCUUAAUUAUGAUGGUGCCGAUAAGGCAGCGACUUGCUAUGCUCUACACACCUCAGCAACUGCAAGCGCUCGAUGGAAGCGAAGUCAAGGAUGAGGACGAACUUGAUUUCUAUGAGGAAGCUACUAUACCCGCUUAAAGUGGAUAUUUGACUGCAUACGCGUGAAGAGCUUUAUCUGUGCUUGAAAAAAAAGAAAAAAUCAAAUAGUUUUGAAAAUCUUUUUUUAAAUAGUAGAAUUGUAGUAUUAAAUAAUUUUUAUAAAGCGUUUCAAAACUAUUUCACUUUAGCCACAAAUGCGGCCGUUAACUUACAGACCUGUACGACUGUAAUCGAAGGAAUUGCCAGUACUUAAGCAUAAAUUUAUACACUUAAGUGCUUUAUCAUGACAUUUAUUUUGCAUAAAGUCAUCUACUUGGUUAAUAUAUAAAAUCUAUAUUAUUUGUUGCUAAAAUUUUAGUUAAAAACUUCAAUAUUUUAUUCGAAAAUAUUAUUAAAUGUUACCGCUACAUAUAUGUUGAAGAAAAAAAGAAAGAAAAUAAAUUGAAGUAUUUGCUCCAUCCUUAAAAGUAGGAUACAUAUAAAUGAAACUAAAAAAAUUAGGAAGAGAAUAAAUAAAUUACCGUGAAAAUGCGAUAAUUAUUUUAAUAUUACUAAAUGUAUCUAAAAAGCAAAUUGCAAGUAUCUGCAUGUAUAUAUAUGACAAAAGUGUGAAGCAAAAAUUAAAAAAAAAAUUGAAGUGCACGAAGAGGCAUUUCACGAUGCAAGUAUUAUCUUAAAUAUAUUAAAUACUAUUAGAAAUUAUAUAUAUUUGUAUGUCUUAAAUAGUUGAGAGUAUUGCAAUUUUAUUAGAUUUUAGUAUAGAAACAUUAUUAAAUUAUUAAUGCAACAACAAGGUCAGGCAAGAAAUUCUUAAAAAUUGAAAUACUUAUAUGUAUGUAUACAUGACACAUUCGCUAGUUGUUAUUAAUUAAAAUGCACUUUUAAGGCGUUAAGUCACAAUACUUAUAUUAAUCACACUUGGUGACAUCACUUAAUAAACACUAAUUAAUGACUUAACGACUACUUAAUUAUUUUUUAUGCAAGUUAAUUAAGUAGGAAAACAAAGCUGUGUGUACAUUAGUUUUUAAAUAACACACACACACAUAUAUAAUAUAAUUAGUAUGUGAAAGGUGUUAAAAAGAAGAUAUUGAUGCUAAGAGUGAUUUACUUAUUGCAUAAAAACAAUAUUUACAACAAAAAAUCAAACGGAAAGGAGAAAUGUAACGAAGAAUAAAUAAAAGUAAUAAUAACUAUUGUGCGACCUUAGUGCUUUGAAAGCCAGCGAGUCUAUCGCUGUUAAUGUCAUUGUGAUGUACUGUACUUAUCAGCUUGGGAACAAUAAUUGAAACAAAGAAAACGAACAUUCAACACUAUAGUAUAGAGUAUUAGUGAUGCUAAAUACAUACUAACAUAUUUUCAGAUACAAACAUACUUACUUAAAAAAUUAAAAAACAAUCAAAGAUACAAAUAUUAAAUGUUAUAAAUAUAUAUAUACAGUAAUUAAAAAAGACAAAUUUUAAAUCAAACACGAUAAUACGGUUAUUGUAAUUAAAACAAUUCACUUAGUUUAGAAUGUUAGAGAAAAUAAAUAUAAUUUUGAGUGAUUUAGAAUUAAUUACACUGUAA